AUGUCUUCUACAUCUCUCCUGAGCAUGCGCUCAUCCCGAGUUUUCUCUCCUCGUCUCCGCCCCAACCUUUUCAAGCCCUCGAUUCAAGUCCGGGCUAAAACCACCUUGCCUUUCCGUCUUCCCGACCCUCGCAAUGAACCCAACCCACUAUACAAAAGAGGAUCGGAAGAGCGUAUCAAGCUAGAAGAGGCUCUUGUCAAGCUCCGGGCUCAGCUUCCCGUCCAAAGCGAUAUCGUGUACGAUGGCAAGGCUCAAAAGAGUGAUCAGUCCUGGGACCAGCUCUUGCCUGCCGAACAUGCCACUGUUUUCACCAAUUAUCCCCUUGCAACCAAAGAGCAGACAAAAGAUGCCAUCGAAGCCGCACUUAAGGCAAAGAAGGACUGGGAAGAGACUCCAUUCGUCGACCGCGCUGCUAUCUUCCUGAAAGCUGCCGAGCUGGUGACUGGAAAAUACCGCUAUGAGUUAAUUGCGGCAACCAUGCUAGGCCAGGGCAAGAACAUCUGGCAGGGUGAGAUCGAUGCCGCUGCCGAGUUGGCCGAUUUCUUCCGCUUGAACUGCAACUACGCCGCGGAGAUUCUCGAGAGACAACCUACCCGUGGCAGUGACGGCAUGUGGAGUCGUCUGGACUACCGUCCCCUGGAAGGAUUCGUCUAUUCCAUCUCCCCAUUCAACUUCACCGCAUUAGGUGGCAACUUGAUCUCUGGCCCGGCUUUGAUGGGUAACGUUGUGAUCUGGAAACCCUCACCAUCCAACGUCUACGCCAGCAGCAUCGUCUACAAGAUCCUUCUCGAAGCUGGUCUGCCCCCGAACGUUGUCCAAUUUGUUACCGGAGACCCAGAGACAAUCAAUGACGUUGCUCUAUCUCACCGCGACUUCGCCGGCCUGAACUUCAUCGGUUCCUCUGACGUCUUCCGCUCUCUGUACGCUAGGAUCGGCGAGGGCAUCGGAAAGAAGACAUACCGCGAGUUCCCCCGUGUCGUUGCUGAGACAAGUGGCAAAAACUUUCACCUCGUUCACCCCACGGCCGAUAUCCCCAGCGCAGUCAAUCACACUAUCCGCGGUUCCUUCGAGUAUCAGGGCCAGAAAUGCUCUGCUACCUCCCGUCUAUACCUGCCUGAGUCCCGGGCUGAGGAGUUCUUCACUCUGCUCAAGGCUGGUGUGAAGGAAAUCACUAUUGGAAAUCCUGACAAGAACCUCGAGGCCUUUAUGGGUCCUGUUAUCCACCGUCGCUCGUUCGACAAGAUCAAAUCUAUCAUUGAUAAUUGCAACAAGGAUUCUUCUCUGAAGCUCAUUGCUGGCGGUACCACUGAUGACUCUGUUGGCUUUUAUGUUCACCCAACCGUCUACCAGGUUGACUCGGCAGACCACCAGCUUUUCAACGAAGAGAUCUUUGGCCCCGUGCUUGCCGUCUACGUCUACCCCGAUGCUGAGUGGUCGUCUACUCUGAAGAAGGUCGAUCAAGCAGGCGGUGGCUUUGCCCUGACUGGUGCCGUCUUUGCUCAGGAUCGCCGAGCUAUCCGUGAGGCAGAAGAUGCUCUCCGCUACUCUGCCGGUAACUUCUAUAUCAACUGCAAGACUACUGCUGCCCUCAUUGGUCAACAAUCCUUCGGCGGUGCUCGUGCUAGUGGUACCAAUGACAAGGCUGGUAGCUCUGAUGUUCUGCGCCGAUUCGCCAGCCCUCGUCUGAUCAAGGAGGAGUUUUUCCCUCAGCACGGCUUCACCUACCCCAGCAACCACUAA